CUCUACAAUACGAAGUUUGAAGGUCAUGGCGCUGGCGUAUGUUUAGUUUGACAGGUGUUGAGAUUUCGCUGUUAAGAUGUGCGUUUCUUGUGAAAUCUAUGUUCAGCCUGCUUAUUAUUAUCAGCAGUGUUUUCCCGGACCAUGACGCUGACGCCUUCAAACCCCCACAGGAACCCUACCUCGGUUGGGCUGAUAAGGUUAUCCGAGUCUGUUUUCAAGGAUUUUGCAAGUGGGAUUCUGUGUAUUUCACUUUCAUAGCAGAACAUGGUUACAUAUAUGAACAAAGCCUAGCUUUUUUCCCUGGUUUUCCAAUGUUGUCAGGCCUAUUAGGUCGUAUACUUACUCUAGUUUGUUUGAAUUCAUUAAGUUUAGCUUCUGCAGUGCUCUUAUGCGGGUUUCUACUGAACUUCGUCCUCUGUCUGUUAGCUACUAUCUGUUUUUACCGUUUGGGAGUUUCAGUUUUGGGUUCUUCAAAGAUAAGCUUUCUUUCCGCACUGCUGUUUUGUUGGAAUCCUGCGGUGGUAUUUUUUUCCUCACUUUAUUCGGAAUCAUUGUUUUUCUUCCUCACGGUUUUUGGUUUGUACUUGUUGACUGUUAACAGAACUCUAUGGUCUUCCUUGUUAUUUGCAUCUUCCAUUUCGUGUAGAAGUAAUGGGUUGUUAAACAUAGGUUAUUUGGGUUAUUUUAUGCUUGUAAAUUCAAACCUUAGGUCUCUUAUAUGGGUAGAAAAGGUUAGUAAUAUAAGAUCUUUACUGUCUUUCGUGUUCUUGUCUAUCAAGUGGUGGGUCAAUCUAUUUGUUUUUCUCACACCACGUUUCAUUCUGCUUUGUCUAUGUGCGCUUCCAUUUUUGUUGUACCAGACUUACGGGUAUUUCUUGUAUUGUGCUUACGACAAGCCAUUUAAUCUUCUAGUCCCGUCAGAAAUUUCUAUGCCAUUACUUCACUUUGGCCUGGAUCACGGUUUUGUCAUGCCUUUGGGUGCCAAAAAUGUAUCUACUUCUUCCAGCAUACCAGCAUGGUGCUCGUCCAUGCCUCCAUUUUCCUAUACCUACAUACAGGAAAAUAAAUGGAACGUAGGAUUGUGGAGUUACUAUCAACUACGUCAAAUACCAAACUUCAUUUUAGCCAUGCCUGUGGUUAUUUUGUGUUUCGUAUGUUCAGUCUUGUUUUACAGACGAGCUCCAAGUGCAUACAGAACACUUGGACUGUAUGCUGAAUGUGAAAUGAAUCGUAAUAUGGUACCCUACGUAUUUCAUAUGCUUUUUCUAUGUGCCUACGGAGUUCUUCACAUAAAUGUCCAAGUACUAACACGUAUGAUCUUUUCAUCCUGUCCAAUUGUAUACUGGUUUUGUGCUUACCUUCUACGUGAAGCCAUCCCAAAUUUUGAACAGUUGAUGAAGCUAGGUGUUCCAUAUUCGAAGACAAAAUGUGCAUUGUAUUAUGAUUUAGUAAACAUUUGUAGAACUAUGAAUCCUUUUCAGUAUCGUUUAUUGAAACAUCGUGCUGUAUUGUGUUAUUUUGUCGGGUACGCUAUUAUUGGUUGCAUUAUGCAUCCUAAUUUUUUACCGUGGACAUAGUUUAGUUUUUGUUUUCAAUAAUUUUGACUACUGUGAUAGACGGUUUGUCAUACAGCUGUUUUCUUUCUCGUCAACUUUUAUCUUAAUUUUCUUCUGUACAUUGUUGAGGCGCUAAAAUUCAUUUGCUUGUCUCUAUUUGCUCUAAGUAAUUUGUAGAGAACGUAAUUGCAUUUUUAUUUACAUUUUUGGAAGUUAAACUUACAUUCAGCAUAGUCUUUGUUUAAAACAAGUAUUUGUUUAUGUUAUAUACACUUCCCAAUAAUAGUUUGAAUAUACUUACUUUCUAUGACACUGGUGAGCCCGUAUUUUAGUUUAACGUACGCUGCUACUUCAUAUAUUCUCGUCCAUCUUUUUCUACUUCAUUGUACUAGCCAUUUUGCAAUGAGUUCUCUUAGUCACUUUUUUUUUACAAUGAAUUAAUCGACUUUAAUGAGAA